UUUGACCAUAAUGGCUCAUAACGAAGUACGUUGGCUUAUCGUGGUGCUCACAUUGGCAUAUGUCGUGGCGGUGGCACUGUCGGUCGGCGACGGCAGUGAUCGUGACGCUGAAGUCCUUCUCAAGUUCAAGAGUUCCUUGUCGUCUAAAGACCCCGCCGCGCUAAACAACUGGAACAAAUCGAUCGAUCUGUGCAGGGAAAAGGGGAGUAAUAAUUGGGCUGGCUUGAUAUGUAAUAAAGGUGUCUUUUCCGGACUACGGCUCGAGAACAUGAGUCUUACGGGCAUCAUCGACGUAGACUCGCUGGCGGAAUUACCAACUUUGCGGAGCUUAAGCUUUAUGAACAACAGCUUCGACGGCCCCAUGCCUAAAGUAAGCAAACUUGGUGCAUUGAAGAAUUUGUAUUUGUCUCUCAACAGAUUCUCGGGUGAAAUUCCGGAUGAUGCUUUUGAAGGCAUGCGUUCUCUGAGAAGAGUUCAUUUGGCACGAAACGCAUUCAGGGGUAAAAUUCCGGAGUCCCUCGCUGCACUGCCUAGGCUUGAGGAGCUGAGCCUCGAGGGCAACCGAUUUGAGGGAAAGAUACCGGAUUUUCGACCAGACGAAUGGAGAGUGUUCAAUCUAGCAGACAACCAGCUUAAGGGUCACAUACCAAAAGGUUUAAGCCAGAUGAAUUCGAGUUCCUUUGUGGGGAAUAAAGACCUAUGCGGACAGCCUCUGGGCCCAUGCAAGGCCUCUAAGAACCACUACAUCGUAAUAAUCAUCGUCUUAGCUAUCGCAGUGGUCGCAUUAGCCACCUUAGGUGCAUUUUCCUUCAUACGUAGCCGUCGAGCCCAAACAUCCCAAUAUGGAAAGGCCCAAGCCUACAAGAACUUUGGUGCCUACGAUGUCGGCCGGAAAGAAGCCGAAUCAGCCGAGCUCCCUGCUGAUCAGGACAAAAAGGGUGAACUAGGAAAGUUGUUCUUUGUGAGAAACGACAGAGACAGAGAGAGGUUUGAUUUACAGGAUCUACUUACAGCCCCUGCUGAAGUGUUGGGGAGUGGAAGUUUUGGGUGUGCUUACAAGGCUGUUCUUUUAAGUGGACCUGCAAUGGUUGUAAAGAGGUUUAGGCAAAUGAACAAGAUGGGAAAGGAAGAGUUUCAUGCGCACAUGACAAGGCUUGGAAGUCUCUCACAUCCUAAUGUGCUUCCGCCUGUGGCCUUCCACUAUUCCAAGGAAGAGAAGCUCUUGAUUUCCGACUUUGUCGAAAACGGCAGCCUCGCUAGUCAUCUCCAUGCAGAAAUACGUGCUCCAGGGCAGCUAAGGCUUGACUGGCUAACUCGCCUAAGGAUCAUCAAAGGAGUAGCCAGGGGCUUAGCUUACCUCCACAAAGAAUUCCCUGCCCCGAUUAGCCUACCCCACGGUCACCUAAAAUCAUCCAAUGUGCUGUUAGACUGCACGUUCAGGCCCCUCCUCUCCGAAUUUGCUCUUGUCCCAGUGAUCAGCAAAGAGUACGCACAACAGUACAUGGCUGCCUACAAGUCUCCAGAGUUCACACAACUUGACCGUGAAGAUAGAAAGACCGACGUGUGGUGCCUAGGGAUACUCAUCCUUGAAGUGUUGACGGGAAAAUUUCCUGCAAACUAUCAAAAACAUGGUAAGGGAGAGAACAAGGAUUUGGCAAUGUGGGUGAACUCGGUUGUCAGGGAAGAGUGGACUGGUGAGGUGUUUGAUGUUGACAUGAAAGGAACCAAAAACUGCGAGGAAGAAAUGCUAAAGCUGUUGAAGAUUGGAAUGUGUUGUUGUGAAUGGAACGUUGUGAGGAGGUGGGAGUUGAGGGAAGCUCUCGAGAAGAUAGAAGAGUUGAAGGAGAGGGACAGUGAGGAUGACUGCAAUUCUUCCUAUGGCAGUGAAGGAGAUAUGUACUCUUCUAGAGCGAUGACUGAGGAAGACUUCUACUUUCUCACUUAAGUAUAUUAUUGUCGAUGAGUUAAGGCCGUACGUGAGCAUUGAAGUUUGUUUGGAGAAUCUGAUCAUUAUUUUUCCAUUAACUAUUAUGUCCCACAAUUUUAAUUUUUUUGUAAUAUAUCUCCAA